AUGGCUCCCAAGUUGAAAGAUUUCGUCUCCCAGCACAUGAAGAUCCCACAAUCAGCAACGCAAGUCCCUGCGGCUCCUCAGCCGGAUGAAACACUACCCGAUGGAGCGAACUCACAACGAUACCCGAGUUCGCCGUCUUCGGAUAAUCAUGCCACUAUUCAAACUUCUUCGCAAACUCAGGCCGAGAACACAAGCAGCAAUAUCGCACCAAACGAUGAAACGAUCUUGAAAGUCGCGCUACCAUAUCUCAAGCGUGGGUUUUUGAUCAGAUUACUGAAAUUCGAGCUACCGUUGGAAUACUUCGUUCAGACCAGAGGGUAUGAUGGAGCCGGAAUGUUCAUCAAGAUCAUCAAAGACCUAGAUUCGGGCGAGCACAGGAGUGUUGUGAGCUACGAACAAACCGGAAAAGACGAGGAAGUUCUCGCGGAAGCGCUACCUCAGAUCUAUGCACAGGACGCGCUCGAUUUGGCCGAGCUGGAGCUGGGAAUUCUGAGAAAUAAGGAGGUGUUGAACCCGGAAACUUCGAGACCAUAA